AUGCGGGAACGCGAGGGCUCGACACCAGAAGAACCGACCUUCGCUGAUUCUUCUACUCAGUAUACUUCUCCCUAUAACUCUUUCCAAAAGAAUGACAUCACUACCCAACAAGGACAUUCAAUCGGCUUGCACAAGUCCUCUGGAAAGGCUGCCCAGCCUCCACCGUACUCCAAACCAUCGGGAGCGAACCCAGAUUAUACGACCUAUACCUCGACGGGGACAGGACUUGCCUCCUAUGCUACUCUCGGACAAGAUGGCCGUAUCACAGUUACUCUUGAUCUCAAGAGACCUCUACCAGACCUACCCAGGGAUUACUCUCGAAACGUCGCAGAAUUCGCAGUCGACCAAACGGAAGAGGGUUGGAAAGACGUGCCCAAGCUCAGUAUUGUUAUCAUGAUUGUCGGCAGCCGAGGUGAUGUCCAGCCGUACGUAGCUUUAGGCAAAGCGCUCGCUAGGGAUGGCCACCGCAUUCGCAUCGCCACCCACGAAACCUUCCGGGAAUUUGUUACGUCCCAUGGCCUUGAGUUUUUCAAUAUUGGAGGAGAUCCGAAGGAGCUCAUGUCAUACAUGGUCAAAAAUCCCGGUCUAUUGCCUGGCAUGUCUUCUCUCCUGAACGGUGAUAUCUCCAAGAAACGGAAGAUGCUUUCUGAGAUGAUACUAGGCUGCUAUCUCUCUACCGUUGCCCCUGAUACCGGCCCCCCUGUCGGCUCCUCAGCUCAAUCUCAACUACACCCAUCGCAGCUAGGAAAAGCACCAGCCGGAAAACCUUUCGUAGCUGAUGCACUGAUAUCAAACCCCCCUGCGUUCGCACAUAUUCAUAUAGCGGAGAAGCUGGGUAUCCCUCUUCUGCUGACUUUCACCAUGCCUUGGAGCCCGACAACUGCGUUCGCUCAUCCGCUAGUCAACAUAUCGAGGUCCAGUUCGAAUGCGGAGAACGGUCUCACAAACUAUCUUUCGUACGCUCUUGCUGAGAUACUUACGUGGCAAGGGAUUGGUGACCUUGUGAAUGAUUUCCGGAAGAAAGUGCUUGGACUUUCGAGUCUCAACUUGCGUUCGGGGCCUAGCAUUGCCGACAGGAUGAAGGUUCCUUGGACGUACUGCAUGGGUCCUCUUGUGAAGAAGCCAAAGGACUGGAAGAAUCACAUUGAUAUCGUUGGAUUUUACUUCCUCGAUCUCGCCACAAAUUACGAACCUCCGGCCGACCUUGCCGCCUUCCUCUCUGCCGGAGAACCACCUUUGUACAUUGGCUUUGGCUCAGUGGUCGUGGAUGAUCCCGUACAAAUGACCAAGAACAUCUUCGAAGCCACCUCUCGUGCAGGUGUUCGUGCUCUGGUAUCCGCAGGCUGGGGUGGCCUGGGGGACGUAAACGUUCCACCACAUAUCUUCAUUCUCGGUAAUGUUCCUCAUGACUGGCUCUUUGCGAACGACCGCGUCUGCGCCGUCGUACAUCAUGGCGGCGCUGGGACGACUGCCAUCGGGCUCGCAAAGGGAAGACCCACAGUUAUAGUACCCUUCUUCGGUGACCAGGGAUUCUGGGGUGCAAUGGUCGAAGAAGCCGGCGCAGGUCCCAAACCGAUUACGCCGAAGGAGAUGACGGAGGACGUUGAUGCUCUCACGAAGGCGUUGCAGUUCGCAAUCAGCCCCGAAGCGAAGAGUGCUGCUGCAGACAUGGCAAAGCAGAUUCAUCAAGAGAAUGGUGUUCGGCGUGGUGUCGAGAGCUUCUAUCGGCACUUGCCCCUACUCAAUAUGCGCUGCGAUCUCGAACCAAGCAUGCUUGCUGUUUGGUGGUCUACUGAAUAUUGCCUGAAAAUGAGCAGUUUAUCCGCUCAAGUGCUCAGUGAUGCGAAACUAUUGGACAUUCGUUCAUUGGACCUACACCGCUCGAAAGAAUAUGACACAAGGAAGAAGGUCUCGGACCCAGUUUCCGGCGGUGCUAGCGCCAUUUACUGGACUAUAACACACUACUACGCCUCGAUAGCGCAGAUCUUCUAUUCGCCCGUGAAGGGGAUCAUCAACACCACUGUAGCCAUUCCUCGUGGUGUCUGGAACAUUGUCACCUCUGUUCAGGAAGGCUUCGCUAAUGUGCCCAAGCUAUAUGGCUCGAACGUCAGGGAGCCAGGAAAAAUCACCGACUUCUCCAGUGGGGUGAAAGAGGCAGGCAAGGGGUUGUUUUACGGGUACUACGAUGGCAUCACCGGCCUCGUCCGCGAGCCACUAGAAGGCGCAAAGAAAGGAGGAUUCAUGGGCGCCGUCGCUGGUGCAGGCAGAAGUUUCAUCAAUGUCACUAUGCGUCCCGCUGCCGGUAUCAUGGGCGUCGUGGCACACCCUGUGCGAGGUGCCCUUAGAGGGAUGAAGUCUGCUCAAACCCGCAAGACGGAGCAUAACCAGAGGGCCGUCCGCGAACGUGACGGUGUCUUGGCUGCCCAAGCUGUUUCUCAAAACAAGCGCGACGGGAUCAUACGUGCGUUCGAAGCCGCGCGUGUCAAGGGGAGGAUGAUGGAACGGCAGAAGGCAUUGGCCGAGCAGGCGGCUGAGGCCAUGAAGGAUGACGUUGCCGCAACGGAGCCUGUGGAUGUUGGUGCAGGGAAAGUCGAGGAUGGCAGUCUGGCGUCGAGCUCGGCCAGUCUCACCGGGAGCGAGCGAUGGGAUGUGCCGGUCUCGUUGGAAGAGACGACGGAUGAGACACCGAGCACCGUGCACGCGAAUGUGUCUGAUGACCUCGCGGAGGAAGCGUUCACCAGAGAAAUGGAGCUUGCAAAACAACUUUCUGCAUCGAUAGACACCAGCUCCUCGCGUCAGUCGACACAACAGGACGAAGACGAUGAUGACGAUGCAUUUCAGAAGGAGCUAGAAAUGGCGAAGCAGAUCUCUUUGGCGGAACAGCGGGGUUAUGAUAGAGCGAUGGAGCAAGCAAAUCGAGGAAGAACUUAAUUGUAAGUGCAAUGUAUGCUCAAGAGAGUGCAGUGGCAUGGAGAGUCGUGCUCAGCGGAUUACGAGUAUAUAGUUGUUCGAAAUGUAUUAUAUAGAUCUACUAUCUGUUCUAUACUUGGACUUUUUG